UGCCUAUUGGCAUGAGUCCCAAAACUUGUAACAAUCUCAUCCACUGGUUCUGGAUUUUGUGUUGGAUUUCCUUUACGACACAUCUCACGACCCACUAAAAAAAUUGCACACCGUCCUCUUUCUCUCUUCUCCUUUCUUUCUCUCUCUACACAAUUCAUCACCAUAUCCAAGGACAGGAGGAAGAGAAGAUAAUAGAGAGAGAAGAAUAAGAAGAUGUCAAUUGCUUCUACAAUCCCAUCAUCUCUCAAGCUCUCUACCUCAUCUUCCUCUUCCUCUGCAACAACAACGAAACCUCUCAAUUCAUCAAGAAAUGUUUCUCUGAGGCCCUCCAUUACAGCCUCUAAUGCAGAGGGGCCAUUGAGAAGACCAGUUGCUCCUCUAAGAGAACCAAACCCACCUCUAAAACCAGUUCCACCAACCACUGUUCCCUCUUCUCCUUCUUUUCCUUCUAAGCCAGCUUCUUUGGAUAUUGGCCCUGAAAUUAAGCCAUCUGUUAUCACUUUGGAGUAUCAGAGAAAGAAGGCAAAGGAGCUACAGGACUACUUUAGGGAGAAGAAGAUUGAGGAGGCCAAUGAAGGCCCCUUCUUUGGAUUCAUUGGAAAGAAUGAGAUUGCAAAUGGAAGAUGGGCAAUGUUCGGAUUCGCAGUCGGACUGCUAACUGAAUAUGCAACCGGUUCAGAUUUUGUGGACCAACUGAAAAUACUUCUCUCCAAUUUUGGAAUUGUAGAUCUUGAAUGAUUCUUCAUCAUCAUUUUCUUUAUUAUUCUCACAAUCUGUCUUUCCAUGCCUCUGAUCAUCAGUGUAUUUUAUUCAAUGGGGUUUGUAACCUGUAUCCAUCGGUGUUUUACUGUUAUCAGCCUUCUGGCUUUUUUGUUUGUACCAAUUCUUGAAUCACAGAUGCUUUCUUUGUAAGAUGAUACACAACUGCAUUAAAAAUUUUAUGGUGGAUGAGGACA